CGGAACCUUCGCGCGCGGUCCCGGCUGGCGAGGGGACGCCUUUCGGCGCAGGGCCGCCUUCCGCCUCCCUCGCCGCCCGCCAUGGCGGUGGACAUCACGCUGCUGUUCAAGGCGAGCGUGAAGACGGUGAAGACCCGCAACAAGGCCCUGGGGGUCCCGCUGGGCGGCGGCGGCGGCAGCGACGGGCCCCGCGACGACGCCCAGGCCCUGCUCAAGCGCGGCGGCGGAGGGCAGCGCUCCAAAGGCGACUUCUCCAGCCGCGCCCGCGAAGUGGUCAAUAACAUCGGGAAACUGAAAGAUUUUCUUCUGCAGCACAGGAAAGAUUAUAUUAAUGCCUACAGCCAUGUCAUGUCUGAGUAUGUGCGGAUGACAGACACUGAGCGAGACCAGAUUGACCAGGAUGCCCAGAUCUUUAUGAGAACAUGUGCUGAUGCAAUUCAGCAACUCAGAACAGAAGCACACAAGGACAUCCAUUCCCCGCAAGUGAAGCAGCACAGAGAAGCUGUCCUAGAUUUCAUUGGAGACUAUUUAAAAAGAGUGUGUAAGCUGUAUUCAGAACAAAGGGCUAUCCGGGUCAAGCGAGUAGUUGAUAAGAAAAGAUUAUCCAGGCUUGAGCCAGAACAGAGUGAUAAAUCCAAAGCAACUUCUCCUGAAAGAACCGCUCAAACAACUUCGGAAGAAUCUGAAGAGAAACUCACUUGUGAAGACAACAGAGAUAAGAAUGUGAUAGAUGAACACACUAAUUUUGGACUUUGGGGUGAUGGCAAAGGAGAAGAUGAGCUUUCACCUGAAGAAAUCCAAAUGUUUGAGCAGGAAAACCAGCGCCUUGUCGGAGAAAUGAACAGCCUGUUUGAUGAAGUGAGACAAAUUGAAGGGAAGGUGGUUGAAAUAUCUAGACUUCAAGAGAUAUUCACAGAAAAAGUCUUACAGCAGGAAGCCGAGAUUGACAGCAUUCACCACUUAGUUGUGGGUGCAACAGAGAACAUCAAGGAAGGAAAUGAAGACAUAAGAGAGGCAAUCAAGAAUAAUGCUGGAUUUCGUGUGUGGAUCCUCUUCUUCCUUGUGAUGUGUUCCUUUUCUUUGUUAUUCUUGGACUGGUAUGGUAGCUAACCCUGGCCUAUUCAUUAUUCAUAUAGCCCUGACCAAAAUCUGCUGAGGCCACCUGGGACUGAUACUGGCUGAAGAUGUUUUCCUUACAAAGCAACACGUAUUGUAUUUCAUGCAUCAUCAUGGUCAAAAUACCUUGACCAGACAUGUGCAUUUCUACACCUCCUGCUACAGGAAGUACUGGUCCAACUGGAAGUUAGGUUUAGUGUAAGUUCACACAGGGAACUGUUGUAGUGCAUCAACGAACAUAGCUUUUUAGCUAUUUACCCAAUAUUUUAUUACAAUGGUCUCUUUCUAAAUAUUUUUGCACACAUGGAUUGCUGGUGGGAGUUUUGUAGUGCUGCUCAGUGACCAAGCCGGUGGAACUCACUGAAGUUCACAGCAAGUCCUAGAGUCUCAUCUGUCAACAAAGUUCAUAUGUGACAGGUUGAAAAAAAUCAAACUGAUGGCCUAAAUGAACCUUAUUCCAGAAAGGCAAAAUAAAUUCCAGAUUGCAUUGAAAAGGAAAGGUUUGACUGUUUAGAAUGUGAUUCUUCACAGUUGGCAUUUCAAUUUACAACAAAACUGCUUUCUAUUGCUUUCUUUUUACAUAAAUGCACCACUACAGAAAACAAAGUAAUCCAAAUUCUUCAAUCGUAGACAUGUAGAAUAAUCAUCAUAGGAAAACCUGAGGUGAAUGUUGCCAUAAGUACAGUGAUUGGAAUCCUUCAUUUUUGAUUGAUUUUAAAUGCAAUAAUACAUAUAUCUAUGUCAACAUACUGAGCUUGAGACUUGGUUAUCCUCCUUUUUCUUUAUUUUACACAGAGUGAAAAUGUCAAAAGUUACAUGUGAAUUUACAUUCAAUAAAGUACCUGACUACUAGGAAAUACAAA